AUGAUGACUUCAACUCUGACCAACGACACUAGAAUGAACGGUCCCCAACAAUAUCAAUACGAUGAUUAUGACUAUGACUAUGAUUAUGAUCACUAUGAAGACUCGUACGAUGCCUAUGAUGACUUUAGUGCUGGCGGAGGAGCAGGAGCUUCUUCUUCUCCUGGUGCCUCGUUGAAACGGCAACAGCCCAAACAAGGAAAAUCGGGAGGGUCCAUCUAUUCUUCCAAGCACAUUCGGGCGAAGGAAGCUCUGCAACGGCGGGGAGGAGGAGGAUCCAAACAAAGUAAAAGAAAGUAA